AUGAGUAAAAUUUGAAAACUGCAACUAUGUCUUUUGCAGGUGGGAGAGAUGGACCUAAAGGAUUCUUGAAGAGAGUUACAUCAACUUUCUCCGUUAAGAAAAACCAGAACACGACAACGAAUGAGCAUCCCAAACCAGUUUUUCCUCGGUCUAGAUCAACAGGUGCUAGCUAUGAAUCCAUGAGGCUGCGCCAGGGGAAAAAGUCUCUUCCUGAUCUCACAGCAAAGACAAAGGGGACCAAAUCUGCAUGUGUCUCUCCACAAAGAAGACGUGAAAAGAUAGAUGAUUCCAGGAAACAGAUUGAAGACAUGGAUUCCAUUUGGUUGACUUCGGAUUCUUCUAGCUCUCUUUUUGGGGAACGUAAAGUCUCUGUCUCGUUUCAUUUCUCACUCGACGAAAGCAUCGUCUCUUGGUUAUCAAAUGCUGCUAAGAAUCAAGAAGAAACCAAAGAGAAUCAUCAUCAUCACCAGAAAAGUUUAAAGGAUGCAAAAAGUUCUUUAGAGAAAAUACAAAAAGAUGGAAAAUCUGCAAAGACACGUUUACCUGAAAACAACAACAAGACUUGUGAAGAGACAUCUAGUUUCAAUAGAUAUGUGAGUCCUGAGUUGACUUCACAGAGUCAUCAUGAAGAAAAGAAAGUUACCUUCUCGCUAGAAUCAGAUGUGUCUCCUUCACCGGUUAUCUCAACUCUUGGGCCAUCUACUCCUCCUAUAACCAUACUAGCAUCAGCUUUGGAGAAAGCUGCUACAGAGAUUGGAGGUUCAAAGAGAAGGAACGUCGUGGAGCCGCUUUUCUGGCCAUUGGAGCAGAAGUUUGAUUGGACAACAGAUGAUAUAAUGAAGCAUUUCUCCAUGUCUCCUCAGAGGAAAAAAUAUAUAGGAUCAAAAAGUGCUAGUACCUCUCCAAGAUCAAUGAGGGCACGGCUUCAUACAAGAAGGCUAGAUCUCAAAGAAGGGUGUAAGAGAAAGCUCAUGUUCAAUGGCUCUGGAUCAAAUUCAAAACUAACACGGAUUCCAGAACUGGAACAAACAACCGAGAAGAUCAGCAAGAACCGACGACCCAUUUUGAAGAGGAACAAAAGUUUGCCAUCAAGGUUGAGAAACUCGAGUGAAAUAUCUUCAAAGGUGGUACCUAUUGAAGCUACUGAAGAGAGUGUGGAGGUAAGCAGAGAGGAAAAAACAACUAGGAAGCUUGUCAUGAAUCGUAAGUCCAGAACUUUCUUAGAAGAUGACUUUGGUUUGAUGAAUGAUUUCUCUAUAGAAAAUGCGGUGGGGCUUUGCGAGUUCAGGGGAAGAGAAGGCAUAGAUCCAGACUUCAACACUGAUGGUUUCUUGUUUGAAGAUUCUCUUUGAAAUGCAAAAGGCUUUACAACCCGAGACGAUAAGCAACAUCUUACGGUUAUAUAACA